UUCAAACUGUUGCUUCUGGCUAAAACGAGAGUCCUCUUUCAAUAAUAUUACUUUCUCCAAUCAAAAAUUCAUCUCAUCUGAAUCAGGAGAGAAAUAUGCACAGAUCAAACACAGUUUAUAAGCAAAAACAGUUCUAAGGAAAUAUGCUGGUUGAUUUUAAUGUGAGAGAACAACGGAUGGUCUUUUUCACUGGAAGAAGUGUUAUUAUGGAUUAUAGUCAGAAGCUAUAAUGCCUUGAUGAUGGAUUAUUGUGAGGUUUUAUCAGCUGAACUCUCAUUCUGACGGAAGCCAUUCACUGAAGAGGAUCCAUUGAUGAACAAGUGAUGUAAUGAUAAAUUUCUCUAAAGGAAGAAACAAAGUCAUCUAUAUCUUGGUUUAGUAAAUCUUCCACAAAUCUCCCUUUUGUUGGGAACUAUUCCUUUAAAAAUGAAUGUCUGUAAACAUUUUAUCCAUAGCUAACAUGAGAGUGAUGUGAAAUGUAUAUGACGAUAUGAUUAUGAUAUACUAUAUGAAACGUGUAAUUUAACCUGUGUGAUUCUUUUUUCUGAUUUCCUUCCUGAUGCACAUUUGUAGAAGGUAUGUAAAUGAUUUCUAAUGAUAAAGGCCAUUUUAUUGCAAUAUGCUAUCAGAAAAACAUCUCAUUUUCCAUCACUCUGACAGGUGUCAAUCACCGUUCUCGAUGAGAAUGACAACAGCCCUGAGUUUGACAUCACUUCGGAUUUAUCAGUGGCUAUUCCAGAGGACACACCAAUCGGCCAGAGAGUUGCUGUGGUGUUGGCACGGGACAAAGAUGCUGGAAGGAAUGGACUGGUGAAUUUCACAUUGAUCGCGGGGAACAUGCAGGAUGUGUUUAAGAUCAACACAGCCAAUAAUACAUAUGGAGAGGUUUACUUGAACGCCCGCCUGGACCGUGAAGCUGUUGACCGUUACCUGCUUAAAGUGCGGGCGACAGAUAACGGUUCCCCUCCGAGGUUCACGGAUGUGUCGCUCACAGUGAAUAUUCUGGAUGUGAAUGAUAACCCUCCCAUGCUGCAGAGCCCUCGUGGGUACAACGUCAGCAUCAGUGAGAAUGUGGGUGGCGGUACAUCUGUCCUGCGUGUUGUAGCGAUGGAUCGGGACAUCGGACCCAAUGCCAUGCUGUCGUACUACAUCACCGGCGGUAACCAGGACCUGACCUUCAGAAUGGACCGUAUGACGGGAGAGAUAGUGACCCGACCGUCACCUCCUGACAGAGAAAAACAGCAGCAGUACACACUCGCUGUGACUGUGGAAGAUGACGGAAUGCCGCCUUUAUCAGUAAGUGUGUAUGUGUGUGUUAGUUAGUUUGGGUCUGUUUUUCUUUCUAAUCUUUCAUCCGAAUAGUCUCUGCCUCUAAUUUAUUCACCAAGGCCACAUGUGUGGAGAAAAGUAAUAUAUUAGCCUACAUUUCAAGAUCGAGUCCGAUCCCAGCAGAUACAAUAAAAUCCCACCUGUUCAUUAAUUAAUCAUCAUUUUUAUUAUCUUUUCUGACUCUAAAUAUAAGAUACUACAUUUGCUCUUUACAAAGCCUGUCUGAACAACUAAACAGCAAAAACAGGAAACCACAACCAGCCUUAUUUCUGAAGCAGGAAGUUGCACACUCUAGAGCUCGUGGAUUCCUGUUGUGAACUUCACAGCGGUCUCGGUUGCAUCAAGUGUGAC